AUGGAAGAUAUCGGUGUCAAAACACCCACCGACCAUGUCGAAGGCAAAGUCGACAUGGGCGACUUGAAGAACGACAAAGCCAACCAAAUCCUCAGCGAAGCAGCAGGACAACGCAUCGUCCUUACACCAGAGAACAACUCGAGAGUUCUGAAAAAGAUUGACUUGUAUAUACUCCCAGUGGUGCUUGGGAUCUAUUUCCUGCAGGCCUUGGACAAAGCUACAUUGGCAUACGCUUCAGUGUUUGGUCUUGUGGACGAUACCAAUCUCGUCGGACAUGAAUAUUCCUGGCUGGGCGCCGUCGUCUACCUUGCGCAGCUGGUGGCGCAGCCUUUGAUUGCCUAUGCACUGGUCAAACUACCUCUGGGAAAAUUCCUCGCUGUGAUAGUCUUGCUCUGGGGUGUUUCCCUGUCAGCCAUGCCAGCAGCGCACAAUUUUGCAGGCUUGUUGGUGUGUCGGCUAUUCCUUGGCUUCUUCGAGGCUGGUGUUGCUCCUGCUUUCAUCGCUCUCACUCAGAUGUGGUGGCGCCGGCGAGAGCAACCCGUCAGGCUCGGAGCCUGGUAUGCGAUGAAUGGCAUCACCAACAUUGUUGGGUCUCUGUUGACUUAUGGAAUUGGCCACAUUCACUCUAGUUCACUUAAACCCUACCAGAUUAUCUUUCUGUUCUUUGGCUUGAUCACUGUGGUUUUCUCCGUGGUGGUUUGGUUCUUCCUCCCAGAUUCCCCCAUCACGGCGCAUUUCCUCAAAGGCGAAGACAAGUUGGUUGCUAUCGAGAGACUGAGGGCAAAUAACCAGGGCGUUGAAGGUACCGAGUGGAAAUGGGCUCACGUCAAGGAAGCAGCCCUCGACAUCAAGACAUGGCUUUGGGCAGCCAUGAUGUUUGCCAUUUCUGUGCCGAGCGGUGGCAUUUCAACCUUUGGCCCGCUCAUUGUGAAAAAUUUUGGCUUUGACCAGUUUGAAACCAUCCUUCUGAACAUGCCUUUUGGUGCGGUCCAGUUGAUCGCCACAAUGGGCGGUGCAUGGGCAGCAACGGCGCUGAAGCUGAAGUCGCCGGUUUUGGCAUUCCUCAGUCUCCCGCCUAUUGCGGGCUGUGUCAUGCUUUUGCAUCUUCCACGAGAUGCAUCGGCUAAAGCACCGUUGCUGGUGGCAUAUUACCUGAUAUCCGUCUAUCCCGGCAUCACACCAUUGAUCUAUUCCUGGUCUGCAGGAAACACCGCUGGAGAGACGAAGAAGAAGGUAACAACAGGCGCACUCUUUAUAGCCCAAUGUGCAGGUAACGUUCUUGGACCAAACCUAUACACGACUGGAGAAGCACCGCUCUACCAUAGAGGAUUGUUGUCAAAUCUCGCCCUCUUUGUUGUGCUCAUUGGCCUCUACGCCGCCCAGGUUUGUUUCUUGAUGGUCCUCAACAAACGGCAUGGGAAGACCAGAGAGCGAAUGGGUAAGCGAGCAGUCUUGGUUGACAAGUCGAUGAAUCGGGUGCAGGCAGCUACAACGGAUAGUGCUUCUGAAGAUCAGGACGAGGACUUGACCGGACACCAUGCAUUUCAUGACAAGACCGACUGGGAGAAUGAGGAUUUCAUUUUCGUUUACUAG